AUGACUACCAUUGCCCGCUCAUUCAGUAGUCGUACGACCGGGAAAUGCGCCACCCGCAGGCUCUAUUCCUCACGGUCUCGGAACCAGUGCCGUAUCGUUGAGGUAGGGCCUCGAGACGGCUUGCAGAACAUUGGCCCCCUCGUUCCUACAGCCACGAAAAUCGAGCUCAUUGAACGCCUCGCUGAAACCGGACUUCGCGACAUUGAGGCAACGUCUUUCGUCUCUCCCAAAUGGGUUCCUCAACUCGCAGACGGAGCCGACGUUUUGAAGGGUCUGAACUCACAGACUCGUGGCAUUCGACAUCCGGUUUUGGCGCCAAAUCUCAAGGGUCUUGAACGAGCAUCUGCUGCUGGCGCAAAGGAAAUCGUUGUCUUUGCUUCGGUGACCGAGGCCUUCAGCAGAGCCAACCAAGGCUGCACUGUCGCCGAAGCCCUUGACCAAGCAGAACAAGUGACAAAGAAAGCACUACAAAUGGGCAUCAAAGUACGAGGCGUAACCUCUUGCAUUUUUGAAGACCCAUUCAGCGGCCCCACGCCUCCCGAGGCCGUCCUCCCCAUCGUUCAACGAUUCCUCGAUAUGGGCUGCUACGAGGUUGGUUUGGGUGACACUUUGGGUACAGGGACGCCCCGAGACACCCAGCUGCUGCUUGAGGCGUUGCUUCAGCGCGUGCCUGCUGAACAAUUGGCUGGUCAUUUUCAUGAUACCUACGGCCAGGGAAUAGCCAACGUAGUUCGUGCCUAUGAAAUGGGCAUUCGCACCUUCGACUCCAGCGUUUCUGGCCUGGGUGGAUGCCCGUACGCCCCUGGGGCCAGAGGGAACGUGACGACCGAGGAUGUGGUUUACACACUGGAGAAGAUGGGUGUUAACACCGGUGUUGACCUCGACAAGCUAAUCACCGUCGGCCAAUGGAUCUCAAAGCAACUUGGGGGGCCCUACGGAAGUAGAGUCGGCACCGCGAUCGCUGCAAAGCGUGCAUCAGCCCAAGCCAAGGAUAUCUCGAGGAACAGGAUAUCUUGGGAAGUGGUGGACGAUCUUGGCGAGUAUCGCGUUUCUCGUGCUGGCGCAGCUCUCAAAGUUACGUUGUCGAAGCCCGGGAACGGUAACGCGCUGACAAACGGGAUGCUGGAAGGGCUUACGAAACUAUUUCGAGGCCUUGCGAAUGAUCCAUCGGUAUAUCAUGUCGUCAUCGAAUCUGAGGGCAAAUACUUUUGCACUGGAAUGGACCUGAGUGGCGACACAGAUACUUCCACCAUAUCUCCCGAGUCAAGCUACUACAACAAGGUACUCGCUCUGUACGACACAAUCGAUCAUGCGCCACAGACAACUAUCGCCUUGAUAGACGGUCCAUGCUUCGGAGGUGGUGUCGGUCUUGGCUUUGCCUGCGACGUUCGCCUUGCCUCUCCACGCGCUCGCUGGACGCUAAGUGAAAUCAAGAUUGGCGUCAGCCCGGCCAUCAUUUCGAAGUAUCUGGUCCGUGAAUGGGGUCCUUCUAUGGCGCGGGAGGCCAUGAUUUCUGGUAGAGAGUUGAAACCAGAAGAGCUGUUCAGAACAGGGGCUCUACACUCAGUUACGGAAGACCUUGAAUCGACGCUGGGCGAGUACCUGAAGCAGCUGGAUAGAUGUGCCCCGCGGUCAGCGGCUAUCAACAAAGAGCUCACAAGACUGGGCUGGUACGAUCCUGAGAGCGAAGAACAGGCGAGAUUGAUCAAAAACACCUUUGGCAACAUGAUGGCUCCAGGGUCGGAAGGAGAGCAUGGCAUCAGGAAAUUUCAAGAGAAGGCAAAAGAAUUCAGCUGGAGAUCUUUCUGGAAUGGUCGAAGCCCUCGAAGUGGCUUGGACUUCGUAAAUCACUCUCCUCGAAAGUCGCCAUAG